GGUGGAUGAUCGCAUUUGACAGACGAAGAAUGGAUAGCGAGAAUAGGCCAUUUAUUUAUAUUAUAAGCUUCUGAAUAACUAGCAUCUACAGAAAAUGAAGAAUGGCUACCUCGGAUUUCCAAGAGAACUUUUUUCACUGUUCUAUCUGUACUGAGAAGUUUAGGCAUCCAAAAGUUCUACCAUGUCAGCAUACAUUCUGUAAAAGCUGUAUCCAGGCCUACAUCAGACAAGAGGUUUCAAAAAUACCUGGAAGGCACGGAUUUCCAUGUCCGAUUUGUCGAACCUUCACGUCGAUCAGGAAUCCCAGUAUUCCAUAUGAUAAAUGGUCUGAUUCUCUGAUAACAAACUUCAACCUUAUCAACAUGAUGGAAGCAAUUGAAGGAGGAAAAGAAGUGAAAUGUUCAAUUCACAACAAAGCUGUUGAAUACUUCUGCAAAGUACACGAGAAAAACAUUUGCUCCGAUUGUGCGAUAUUUGAUCAUAGGAGCUGUGAAGUAACAGCUCUUGCUGCGGCAAAAAAACACGAGAAACUCCUAGGGAGCAUUUCAGAGUGUCUUCUAGAAGCUUCACAAUUGGAAAAGAAAAAUUUAGACUUGAUCAGUGCUCUUACAGAAAGCAAAAACUCUGUGGAAAGGAAACUAAAAGAUCAUUUUACACAGAUGAAAGAAAGAAUUGACACAGCAGAAAAAGAUCAGACCAACAUGCUUCAGUGCAAGUAUGACUGUGAGUUAAGUUGUUUGAAGGAAAAUCAGGAAAAAUGCCAGAACUUGAGUGAAAAUUUGCAAACUGCAAUGGAAGAACUUCGUCAACGAAAGGGAGAUUCCUCAACAGACAUUGAUAGCUAUGAGGGAAAUGUUUUGGACUUGAAAGGACAAUUAGAGACAACUUUAAAAUCGAUCAGGAGCAAAGGGGCAAUUCAUGUAUCCCUGAGAACUGAUGUUGAUUUGGAAAGCAGAAUUGAGAAACUGUCAACUUUAGUUGGAGAGGUGAUUGUGAAUAUUUCUUCAGAAGAAAACCAGCCAGGAGCAACUGGGAGCAGGGGCCCUUUACAACCAUCAGCACUAGGGAAUAGGUUUCUGGAUCAGAAUGGGACUAUGGAUGAUGUCGGUCUUCCUUCUUAUGCAAUGGCUGUACAACAGUUAGGUCCAAUGAUGCAUCCUCCUCCCGGAGCUCCAGGAGUUGUCCAUAUGGUUCAUCCUGGGUCGGUGCCUCCAACAGGCCCCCUGGGCCCGCCACAGAUUCUGCCACUGGGGCCGUUUGGACCAACAUCCAAUGCCCCAAAAUCUCUUGUCCCAGGAACAUCAUUCAAUGCCAAGAGGCCAAGUGAUAAAACUCAUUGUUGGCUGACAGGUGCAGCAUUUCUGUCAAAUGAUAACAUUGUAAUGGCUGAUCGAAAUAACAAAAAGGUUAAACUUUUCUCAAAUACCUUUUACUGCAUUGCCGAAAUGGCGAUGCAAACCUAUCCAUUUGAUCUGGCAGAGACAUGUACAGGAGAAAUUGCUGUGACUUUGCCGAAACAGAAUCGGAUUGGAUUCUUUCACCUGGAGACAUUGACACCAUGUUCUCAUUAUAUUGAUACCGAGCAGCCAUGUCUGGGAAUCACGUCGGGCCACGAGAGAUUGUACGUCUGCUGUGACACAACCUGGUCCAAGGUUGGGUGUAUACGUGUCUAUGACAAGUUCAAUCAACUGCUGAUCAAAAUUGAGAAGGAUGACCGGGGCAAGGAUAUGGUGAGUGUUACAGACUAUCUGACAGUGUGUCCGCUUUCUGGGAACCUCUUCUUUAAACGUGGAGGCCUCAGUAAGGAAUGUAUCCACUGCACAACCAACCAAGGUACAAUCCUGUGGAAGGCCAAAGUUCCCUCAUGGAUGGACGUUCCAGCCGGACUGGCAGUCCUCAAUGACGGACUUAUAGUGUCUAUUGGAAGUCUCAAGUGGAUUUCUCCUGGAGGCCAAAAGUGGGAGAAACUGAUCGACUCAAGUGAUGUAGGAGGACCAUGUGCAUUAUCUGUCAGUCAUGACAAAACACGGCUUCUUGUUACGCAAGCAGAUGCGAUCUCCAACUGUAAGGAAAAUGAUGAAGUCCGUAUUUUCAACAUCAUUUACCAGUUUGGUUAAUUGUAUGGCUAAUAAAUUAUUUGUCUUUCGUUUUAAAUGUGAUAUAUAUAUAUAUAUAUCCUGUUGAAGUGUAUUUGUAGGAACUGAAUCUAUAGCUGUUAACUAAAAGACUUUCAUCAUAAUUUUCUUUUAUAUAACACAUAAUUAAUGUAUAGAAUUAAUCCAAAUGUUAGUGAUAAAGAUUUUCUAUACAGUGAUACUUUCAGUAUGGCCUGUUAAUUUGAAGUUUUUUAUAGCUGUUAGUGGCAAACAUGUAGUUAGCUAAUUAUAUAUAUAUAAUCACCAUCCAUUGUCUGUAAACAUUUGGAAUGUUUUUCUUUUUGACAUAUAUAUGUUAUAUGUAUGAUUCUGUACUUAUAGUCCUUACCAGUGAAACCUGGGGGACUAUAUACUAUAUAGGCAGAAGUUAUUAACAUUUCUCGUAGUUUGAUAUGUGUGUGAUAUUUUGAUUGCAGUCAUUUGGUCCCCC